AUGCAUCUCAUUCUUUCUCUUCUCCUUUUUCUCGCCUUGAGCUUCGAUGUAUUGGCUGCACCAGCUCCUCGUCCGGUCCGGAAAAGCAGGUCUUUCCAGAUCGAUCGUGUUAAGCGCAGUGACUAUGUUCCUCAUGGACCUACCGCGUUGCGCAAGGCGUUCCGCAAGUUCGGCAUCACGCCCGUUGAUUUCACCAACAUUACUCUGAAUGACUUUGAGCCUUUUGACCUCAAGACUUCCGUGGUCAAGACCAAUCAGAACACCAUCAAUGAGCCUGACCAAACGGGCGCUGUCAGUGCGACCUCGGUGCAGAGUGAUGUUGAAUUUGUCUCGCCCGUUACAAUUGGUGGCCAAACCAUCACCAUGGACUUUGAUACUGGAUCGGCUGAUAUGUGGGUCUUCAACUCCGAACUCCCAUCAUCCAUGACGCAGAACCGCACCGUCUACGACCCCACCAAGUCAAGCACCUACAAGAAAGUCGACGGCGGCACCUUCAAUAUCAGCUACGGCGACUCCUCUUCUGCCUCAGGCGGCCUGGCCCAAGACACCGUCGACAUCGGCGGCGCAACCGUCACCAGCCAAACCUUCGGUCUCCCCACCACAGUCUCCUCCUCUUUCGUCGAAGACACCAAUUCCAACGGCCUAGUCGGUCUCGGCUUCUCCUCAAUCAACACCUUCAGCCCAGGCCCGCAAAAAACCUUCUUCGACAACAUCGCCCAGGAUCUCGAGGAGCCCGUGCUGACAGCGCGCCUGCGCAGCGACGGCGUUGGCGAGUACGAGUUUGGCAAAAUCGAUUCUACCAAGUACACCGGUUCCCUGGUGAACGUCAGCGUGGACUCGUCUGCGGGCUUCUGGCAGUUCGAGGCUGGGUAUUUCGCUGUUGGAAGUGGUUCUUUGCAGAAGGUUACCCAGGUGCCCAAGGCUAUCGCGGAUACGGGCACCUCGCUUAUGCUGGUCAGCCCUGAGGUGGUGACGGCUUAUUACAAGGAGGUUAAGAAUGCGGCAUAUUCGAGUGGUGUGAGCGGUUGGAUUUAUCCUUGCUCGGCCGAGUUGCCCAGUUUGACUGUUGCGCUGGGUGAUAAGUAUCAGGCUACUAUUCCGGGGUCGUUGGUGAGCUUUGCGGAGGUUGGGAAGAAUACGACUACUGGUGAAACUGUGUGCUACGGUGGCAUCCAGUCGAACCAGGGUUCGAGCUUGCAGAUCUUUGGCGAUGUGUUCCUGAAGGCUUUAUUCGUUGUGUUCGACCAACGAGGUCCGUCUUUGGGCUUUGCGUCGCCUACGUGA